CGACAGACUUUCUAUCUUUCCUGUAACUGAAGAAACCAGUCCCAUCAGGAGGAGAAAAGUGCGCACACUGCAUGCGGCAGGUUGGCCGCUCGGUCCGCGCGCGCGUCACCGCGUCGCUGCGCCAAACAGAGAUCGAAGUCCAGAGAGUCGCAGGAAGCCUCCGCAGCAGCAGCAGCCCCUCCUGUCCACGUUCCUGCCGCCAAACGCCACCAUGCAGYGGAGUUCUGCUCGGGCCCGGUUCUGUUGGCCGGUUCUGUGUGUCCUGUUCCUGUGUCCGGGCCCUGCGGAGCCUCACCCGCAGUGUUUGGACUUCAAGCCGCCCUUCAGGCCCCCCAGAGACCUGGAGUUCUGCGUYAUGUACAACGACUUCGGCUGCUGUGACCGCCAGAAGGACCAGGAGCUGAUGGCUCGGUUCUACCGGGUCAUGGACCCCUUUGACCAAAGCGGAUACGCGAACUGCGCCGGCUUCGUUCUGGAGCUGCUCUGCCAGGAGUGUUCCCCGUACACCGCUCACCUGUUUGAUGCCGAGGACCCGAGCACCCCACUCAGAACCGUCCCUGGUCUCUGUCCCGACUACUGCUCUCGGUUCUGGACCCAGUGUCGCUCCGUUCUCCCCUUCCUGUCUGACGACCCGCGCAUCAACAAAGCCAAACACGACCGGUCCCGCCUCUGUAAGCUCCUGGAGCUGGAUGACGUCGACUACUGCUACCCUCACCUGCUCAGCAACCAGAAGCUCACCCAGAACCUGGGCCGGGUCCAGACCGACCCAGACGGCUGCCUGCAGCUGUGCCUGGAGGAAGUGGCCAACGGGCUCCGGAACCCGCUCGCCAUGGUGCACGCCAACGACGGCACGCACCGGUUCUUCGUGGCCGAGCAGGUGGGGCUGGUGUGGACCUACCUCCCGGACCGGUCCAAACUGGAGAAGCCCUUUUUGAACAUCAGCCAGGCCGUGCUGACCUCGUCCUGGGAGGGCGACGAACGAGGCUUCCUGGGGCUCACCUUUCACCCCAAGACCAAGUACAACAGGAAGCUGUACGUGUAUUACUCAGUGCAGGUCGGGCUCGACGAGAGGAUCCGGAUCAGCGAGUUCAAGGUGUCGGCCAACGACGUGAACGUGGUGGACCACACGUCUGAGCGAGUUCUUCUGGAGAUCGACGAGCCAGCGUCAAACCACAACGGAGGCCAGCUGCUCUUUGGAGACGACGGGUUCUUGUACAUCUUCACAGGCGACGGAGGAAUGGCCGGAGAUCCGUUUGGUGAAUACGGAAACGCCCAGAACAAGUCGGCUCUCCUGGGUAAAGUUCUGCGUAUCGAUGUGGAUAAUAACCAGAGAGGCCCGCUCUACAGGAUCCCUGCAGACAACCCGUUCGUACAUGACCUCGAUGCGCGGCCCGAGGUGUACGCUUACGGCGUCCGCAACAUGUGGAGGUGCUCAGUGGACAGGGGCGACCCGCACACCAAGGAGGGCAAAGGUCGCAUCUUCUGCGGGGACGUGGGGCAGAACAAGUUCGAGGAAGUCGACAUCGUGGAGAAAGGCCGAAACUACGGCUGGAGAGCCAGGGAGGGUUUCUCCUGCUACGAUAAGAAGCUGUGCGCCAACAGCUCGCUGGGUGACGUGCUGCCCAUUUAUGCCUAUCCUCAUAAAAUGGGUAAAUCAGUGACGGGGGGUUACGUGUACCGCGGCUGCGAGUACCCCAACCUGAACGGCAUGUACAUAUUUGGAGACUUCAUGAGCGGGCGUUUGAUGAGCCUGAAGGAGGAUAAAACCACAGGACGGUGGAAGUAUACUGAGAUCUGCAUGGGGAUGGGGCGGACCUGCGCCUUUCCUGGACUCAUCAACAGCUACCAUCAGUACAUCAUCUCCUUCGCCGAGGAUGAAGCAGGUGAGCUGUACUUCAUGUCCACAGGAAUACCAAGCGCCACGUCUCCUUCGGGAGUUGUUUAUAAAGUGGUGGAUCCGUCAAGACGUGCUCCACCGAGACGGUGCCACUACGAUCCACUUCCUGUCAGAGUCAAAAGUAAUAUCAUCAAGUUUGUUCCCAAAGAAACUUCAGUUGGUCUGGAGCUGCCCGAGCCAGAGCCCACGAAGACCUACGACUGGCUCCUGGAGGUCCUCGAUCGCCUCGGCGGAGCGGCGGCGUCCCCGAGCACCACCGCCCCGAUCCGACCCACCGCCAAACCGUCCCAAUCGUCACGGCGGAAAGGCCAACGCCAAAGGGCGAAUCCCAGAGCGAACGCGGCGCCCGAGCUGCAGAACGGAGCGGUGAGGCUGGCCGGGGACGAGCACGGGCGCAGCGACCGUGGACGGGUGGAGAUCUACGUCAACGGGCAGUGGGGCACCGUGUGUGACGACUUGUGGUCGGCGCACAACGCCAGGGUGGUUUGUCGGCAGCUGGGGUUCCAUUCUGCCCUGAAGGCCGCCCGGAGCUCUGAGUUUGGCGAAGGGAAGGGGCUGCCGAUUCUCCUGGACGAUGUUCAGUGCACAGGGACGGAGCCCGACCUUCUGAGCUGCUCGCAUGCCGGAGUGGGGAAGCACAACUGUGGCCACAGCGAAGACGCCGGGGUGAUCUGUGGGAACCCGCACCCUGUUGUUUAAGCUUAAUGAAAGAUAAUCAUUAAGAACAAAUGUUUCCUGACAAAUCAUUCUACAAUUAACCCAACAUCUCUGAAAAAAUAAAUCUCUCAUUGUUAUGAAUGAACAAGAAGCCACGUUUACCUUCAGAAAUAUGGACUAAAACUGCUGUAUUUGUGUUUUAAGCUGCUACAACGAAGUAUUUUUAAUUCAAAUUACAGCAGAAAGAUUUUCUCAAGGCUCAGUAUUAAGUUAUAAUUCAGAUUGAUUGUAAUCAAUCUUUUAAAAACCCACCAUGAAUGGAAAAAAAGCUUUUUUAAAUAUAAAUAGAGACAUUUAAAGUUUUUAUAUAAUGAGUAAAGGUUUUUGAACCGCUGAGUUGUGCCAUAAAAAGCACUUUCUAUUGCACUUUUAAUUUCAAACAAACUGUUUAAAACAGAUUUAUCAUGUGAACUUAAUUUUAUUGUUUUUUAGUCCUUCUUGAUUUAAAAAAAAUGUUUUUUCUCAUAUUGUAAAUGACUGUUAAUAAUUUGAUAAAUGAGUAAAAACAA